AUGAACAAAAAAGAAUUCGAAUUUGAUUUAUUUAGUGAAUUUACCGAAGAAGAAGAAGCAUUAUAUGCUUCGAUAGCAAAUAAAUUCGAAACUAAAAGGAGGGAAUGUCUUGCGAAAUUACAAAAAAGAUCAUUGGAACGUACACCGGAACAAUCAAGAUUAUUUUAUAAAAUUUCUCAGGAUCUAACGCAAAGACAACCUUAUAUUUUACCAGGAAUUUUAAAUCAAGAAGAAUGUAACAUGAUAUUGGAAAAGGUCUUGAAUCACGUGUCUUCCUCGAUUCCAAAUGAAUCUGUAAAAAGGAAUGUUGAAGGUUGGACAACUUCAAGACAUUCAGCAUAUCCGACAACAGAUAUUCCAUGUUCCUCCAUUCCAACUUUAAACACCUUUAUUCGUGACAUAUUACAUACACGAGUUAUAAAAAAGAUAUCUUUUAAUGCCGGAUUUAAAUCUUCGAAUGAAUUAGAUUUUAAGGAUUUAUUUUUUGUAAAAUAUGAAGCGAAAGAAGGCGAACAAUCUGAAUUGAAAUUACAUAGCGAUGGAUGUUUGAUCUCCUUUAACAUUUUAUUAAAUAUGAGACAAGAAUUUGAAGGUGGUGGAACUUAUUUUUCUUUCAACAAAAAGUUAUACGAAAUUGAAAUGGGUGACUGUUUGGUACAUGAUAGUAGACAUUUACAUGCAGGAAGAAAGAUUACCAAAGGAAGAAGGUUUAUUUUAGUCGGUUUUGUAGAUUUGGGAUAUUUAACCACGUGA